AAGCAUAUCCAAAACAAACCACAUUUGUGAACCCUGUUAAGGUGGCGCAUUGUAGCAUCGUCUCUUAACAAAUUCGCUGGGUUUUGCGCCCUCACAACUGACACAAUCUUCACCACACCAACCAAUAACCUCACCGGAAAAUUCCUCGCCGUUUCCCGUCACCGGCGAUGGCCUCUACAACGUCGUUUCCGGGUCUUGCUCUUCGUCCCUCUGUUCCAAUUCGCAGCCACAGAAGUCACGCUCGAUUGGCACAGUGUCCAGUCUCCUUUGGCUUUCCUGCGAACCCCACUUCGUUGAAGAGUUUGAAUUCAGUGCCGUCGAAGAAAAGAGAAGCUUUCUCUAAUGGGUCUUCGAGAACGCGAAGAAACCUCGCGCCGUUCUCUGUUCGCUGCGCAGUUUCAUCAAGUGGAAAAAUUACACAACAAGAAUUCACAGAAAUGGCAUGGCAAGCGAUUAUCACUGCACCAGAAGUGGCUAAGGAGAACAAGCAUCAGAUUGUGGAGACUGAGCACUUGAUGAAAGCUUUGUUAGAGCAAAAGAAUGGGCUUGCUCGCCGGAUCUUUUCUAAGGUUGGGGUAGAUAAUACUCGGCUUCUAGAGGCCACUGAUAAGCACAUCAAGCGGCAACCCAAGGUUCUUGGGGAAUCAGGUGGAUCAAUGUUGGGGCGUGAUUUGGAGGCAUUGAUUCAGAGAGCCAGGGACUUCAAGAAAGAAUAUGGAGACUCAUUUGUGUCAGUUGAGCACCUUGUUCUUGGUUUUGCCCAAGAUAAACGAUUUGCGAAGAUUUUGUUUAGAGAUUUUCAAAUAUCUGAGCAAGGUCUUAAAUCUGCCAUAGAGUCCAUAAGGGGACGCCAGUCAGUUAUUGACCAAGAUCCUGAAGGAAAGUACGAAUCCUUGGAAAAGUAUGGGAAAGAUUUGACAGCAAUGGCUAAAGCAGGAAAACUUGACCCAGUCAUAGGAAGAGAUGAUGAAAUACGCAGAUGCAUUCAAAUUCUCUCCAGGAGAACAAAGAAUAAUCCUGUGCUAAUUGGAGAGCCUGGUGUUGGAAAAACAGCAAUCUCUGAAGGACUUGCUCAAAGAAUUGUUCAAGGAGAUGUUCCUCAAGCUUUGAUGAAUCGAAGGCUCAUAUCCCUUGAUAUGGGCGCACUUAUUGCAGGAGCAAAGUAUCGGGGAGAAUUUGAAGAUAGACUGAAAGCUGUUCUCAAAGAAGUAACAGAAUCUGAUGGUCAGAUUAUCCUUUUCAUUGACGAAAUCCAUACAGUUGUUGGGGCAGGUGCUACAAAUGGUGCUAUGGAUGCUGGUAAUCUCUUAAAGCCUAUGCUUGGUCGGGGGGAGCUGCGAUGUAUAGGUGCAACAACAUUAGAUGAGUAUCGAAAGUAUAUUGAGAAGGACCCUGCACUUGAGCGCCGUUUCCAGCAAGUUUUUGUUGACCAACCAUCAGUUGAAGAUACCAUUUCAAUACUGAGGGGACUGCGGGAAAGAUAUGAACUGCAUCAUGGUGUUCGCAUUUCUGACAGUGCACUUGUAGAUGCUGCAAUUCUCUCGGAUAGAUACAUAAGUGGGAGGUUUCUGCCGGAUAAAGCUAUUGAUCUGGUUGAUGAAGCAGCUGCUAAAUUAAAAAUGGAAAUUACUUCAAAACCUACUGCGCUUGAUGAGAUUAAUAGGUCAGUCUUGAAACUCGAGAUGGAGAGGCUCUCUCUCAUGAAUGAUACAGACAAGGCUUCUAAAGAUAGAUUAAAUCGACUUGAGACAGAACUCUCUCUCUUAAAAGGGAAACAGGAUGAAUUGAAUGGGCAAUGGGAGCAUGAAAAGUCUGUAAUGACUCGUCUGCAAUCUAUUAAAGAGGAGAUAGACAGGGUAAAUGUUGAGAUUCAACAGGCUGAGCGAGAGUAUGAUCUUAAUCGCGCUGCUGAAUUAAAGUAUGGCAGUCUUAACUCCCUACAACGACAACUUGAAAGUGUAGAAAAGGAGUUACACGAGUAUAUGAACUCUGGUAAGUCUAUGCUGAGAGAAGAAGUUAGUGGGAAUGAUAUUGCUGAAAUUGUAAGCAAGUGGACUGGUAUUCCAAUUUCAAAACUUCAACAAUCAGAGCGAGAGAAGCUAUUGUAUUUAGAGGAAGAGCUUCAUAAGCGUGUUGUUGGUCAAGAUCCUGCUGUUAAGGCAGUAGCUGAGGCUAUCCAACGAUCAAGAGCAGGUCUUUCAGAUCCCCACCGUCCGAUCGCUAGCUUCAUGUUUAUGGGACCCACCGGUGUAGGAAAGACUGAGCUAGCCAAAGCCCUUGCUUCUUAUUUGUUCAACACAGAAGAAGCACUUGUACGAAUUGACAUGAGUGAAUACAUGGAAAAACAUACGGUCUCAAGAUUGAUUGGGGCUCCACCAGGAUAUGUUGGGUAUGAAGAGGGAGGGCAACUAACAGAGACAGUUCGCCGCAGACCUUAUGCUGUCAUUUUGUUCGAUGAGAUUGAGAAGGCACACUCAGAUGUUUUCAAUGUUUUCCUUCAAAUCUUGGAUGAUGGAAGAGUAACUGAUUCACAGGGCAGGACUGUAAGUUUUACCAACACGGUUAUCAUUAUGACCUCAAAUGUUGGAUCACAGUACAUUCUCAACACAGAUAAUGACACUGUGCCCAAAGAGUCAGCAUACGAAACCAUAAAGCAGAGGGUAAUGGAUGCAGCAAGAUCAAUCUUUCGCCCUGAAUUCAUGAACAGAGUUGAUGAGUAUAUCGUUUUCCGGCCUCUGGACCGCGACCAAAUAGGUAGCAUUGUCAGGUUACAGUUGGAGAGGGUGCAAAAGAGAAUUGCAGAUCGCAAGAUGAAAAUCCAAGUGACAGAAGCUGCAAUCCAACUCCUUGGAAGUUUGGGGUAUGAUCCAAACUACGGUGCCAGGCCGGUCAAGCGAGUGAUUCAGCAGAAUGUGGAGAAUGAACUUGCCAAGGGUAUUCUCAGAGGAGAGUUCAGGGAUGAAGACACAAUUUUAGUGGACACAGAAGUCACAGCAUUUGCCAAUGGCCAACUUCCCCAGCAAAAGCUAGUCUUUAGGAGGGUUGGAACUGAUGCAGAAUCCAGUUCUACUGUUAAAGACAACCGAGAAGGCUUUCCACAGAUUCUGUGAAUGCAUGUCACAGCUCCAUGUUUCUUCCACAUGCAAGGUUUCCCAACAAAAUUUUGGUGCAUGUCGCUUUCUUACACUUAUGCAACUUCAAUUAUCCUGUUCAUAUCAUGAAAUUGUUUAUAGUUUUUCAUAUAAUAAUAACUUUUGUUGGUCAAUACAAAUACCAUGUUAAAGAAGUGUUGACUUUAUGAAAAUCAAUUUUAGUGUAAAGCUGGGCAGUAGUUGAUUUCUUCGAAAUAACAAAUCCAUACUUGUAGUAGUGUCUGGUUUAUGAGAAUGGAUUAGAAGUGAAAUUUUGGUAUUC